UCAUUUUGCACAUUUCAAUCAUAGUAUUUAUAUUUUCUGAAGGAAACUGCAAACCUGAAACCAGUUAGAAACGUGAGAUUUUAUGCACAAAAAGUCGGUAUCAGACACCAAAAUUCUCUCUCUCGCUCUAUAUUUCUUCUUCCCUCACUUUCUCUCUCCUCCUUCUCCAUCCUCGUGAGAAGUUGCAGGAGUGACACACACAGCCAUUAACGAUAGCUGCAGAAGCUUCAACAAAAUCGAAAGAUCUUAUCUCACAUUUCAUUCUAAUUUUUGACAAAUGGGAUCUUCCACAAGCAAAGUUCUAAGUGAUGUUGGUUCCGCGAUCGCAAGCGCUCUUGCUACUCCUUUCAAAUCAAUCCUUGGCCGAUCAUGCAAGGAUGUGUGUGUUGGAAUAUGGGAUGUUGUUUGUUUUAUUGAGCACAUAUGCAUAGCGGAUUUGGUGAAAUUUCUGCUUGUUUGCUGUCUAUCCUACCUAUGCUUGGUUUUCCUUUACCUGUUAUACAAGCUGGGGUUGUGCCAAUGUGUGACAAAGAUCCUAUGUAAGAUGUGUUGGGCAGCUUGUGAAACUUCAUGGUUAACAUUAGACUACGUUUGCUGUUUCUGUUGGCAUAAGAUCCGGCACACAAAACGAGUUUAUCGUGGGCGACGUGGUCGCUUAUACAGACAACCAAGUAUGGAUGUUGAGUUGGGCUGCAUUAAUAGCAUCUCAGCUUCAACGGAUGAGAGUGUUUUUUAUGAUCAUCGCUCAAGUCUUGGUACAAAGAGAAAAUCAUGUAGAGAGGUAAGAAGAAGGCGAAGAUUGCAUCAUGGUAAGAGUUUAAAAUUGAAGAAAGGAGAAGUGUCUGUUCAUUUCCAAGGCAAGUCACAUAGGAGGAGGAGGAAGAGUAGGAAUCAAUAUCAAAUGUCUAGUUAUAGAAAGGAUAUAAGAACUAACACCGUGAAAUUCAAGAAGCAAAGGAUAAGAUGAUCUUAUUUGGUUUGUUAUAUCCAAAUACUUUGCAAAUUGGAAGAGUAUGUGUUUUGGAGAAAUUAUUGUAAAUAUUAGGAGGAUCAUGUCAUUAUAUCUUUUAGGAUCAAUAUAUUGAUCAUACUCCAAUUUUAAGUUUA